ACUUACUUUUUCUGAUGAUGUUUUGAGUGGCUAAUUCAUGCUUUGUGUUUGUGUGUCAUCAAUCAUAAGUUUAAGGUUUUCUUUUUUGACGAUUUAAGUUUAGGGUUUUUUUUUUACUUCCUUUCGAUUGGCUGCUCACACUCGUGUCGGAUUUGAAAGACUAAUUGGUAAAUUUGGAGUUGAACUGCUGAAGGCCAACAAAUUGGAGUGCUUUCAUCACUUCAGACUAAGUAUAAACCAGUUGAAUUUUCAAAAUUCAACUGUCUCCAAAGAUGGCCAUCCGUGCUGGAUGGCUAAAGAAUAUCCUGAAAUCACAGCAGGAGCUCAUGCUAAUUCACGUUGGCAUAGAUGAUCGAAUUAAAAUUCAGUGGGAAUGGGAAAAGGAGAGGCGGGAAAAGGAGAGGCGGGAAAGGCUGCAGCAUAAAGACAAUGGCAGAGUAGAAGGCCGAAUCAGAGCUAAUCAAGCUCAUUCACAACUGACAGCCGGAGCAUGGCAAAUGCAACGGGAGAGAAAUAGAGAAGCUGCCCGAAUUUCUUUGCAGAAGAUGGAGAAGACUGUUGCGUUUGAGGACAAUCUGCUCAUUGGGAAAUACUUUGAGAGCCUCAGUGUCUUUGAUUCAACCAGACCAUUGGAGUUGUUUGGUUUGUUUUUGAAGAAAGAUGACUUCUACGAUGAUGAGGAGGCAGAAGAGGGAGAGAUCUUAGAAUAAGUUUUGAACCAAAAUAGCUGUCAUAGAGAACAGUAAUGUAUAUUGCUGCAGAGGCUAAAGCUUGCCACUAUGUACAGAAAGAUUGCAAGCUCAUUAUAGAGGUCUUGAAGGAAGAUUGUGUAUGCACUUGAUCACAACUGACUUAAGUUUUGUAGUUUUUUAUAGCUCUAAGCUGAUAAUUGUAACUUUGUAUUGCCAGUGCAAUGCAAAUUUUUGGUGUUGCUUUGGCUAGAAGGUGUUCUUUUUUUGACUUCUCCUAGGACUUUGCCUCUUGCUUAGUCCUAGUUGAAUGGCCACGUGCCACCACUGUAACAUUCUACUUCAUGUAAUAGUAGCUCAAUGUCAAUCUUUGAUUUAAUUUGUUGAUAUGAGCCAACUUUUAUACAUACUGCUGUCUUUUUGUCAUGACCAAUUUUUAAUUAUCUAAAUUUAAUUAUUGUAUUUAAUUUUCA